AUGGGCAAGACCAAAGAGCUGUCAAAGGACAUCAGGGACCAGUUUGUAGACCUCCACAAGGCUGGAAUGGGCUACAAGACCAUCAGCAAGAAGUGUGGUGAGAAGGAGACAACUGUUGGUGCCAUUAUUCAUAAAUGGAAGAAAUACAAAAUAACCAUCAAUCACCCUCGGUCUGGAGCUCCAUGCAAGAUCUCGCCUCGUGGGGUAAGGAUGAUCAUGAGAAAGUGUAAUCCCUCUACUCACAGCUUGGGCUGCACAUACAAAAAUUAUACCCUGCUUGAAAUCAACUGGGCCUCAAUUAUUUGGGUUGAACGAAAUCACACGCUUUGGGCUGUUCAGGUGUCUGUUGCAGUCAUAUGUUUAUUCAUAAGAAUCCUGCUGACAUAUCUACGAUACAAGGGGAACAUAUGGCAGCAGGUUCUUCAAAUAGCGUUUAUCUUGGAAAUGAUUGACACAGUGCCCUUUGUGAUUGGAAUUUUUUAUCCUCCUCUACGGAACCUCUUCAUCCCUGUGUUUCUGAAUUGCUGGCUGGCAAAACGUGCCUUGGAAAACAUGGUUAAUGAUCUUCAUCGUGCUACUCACUGGACACAGUCAGCCAUGUCCAAUCAGGUCCUCAUCCUCAUCUCCACCAUUGUCUGCUUCAUUUUCACUUUCAUUUGGGGAGUUGAGCAUUUGCAGCGUGCUGGAGGCAAACUCUCAGUUUUUGACUCAUUCUACUUCUGCAUCGUGACCUUCUCUACAGUGGGGUUUGGAGAUGUUGUUCCUGAUAUCUGGCCCUCCAAGUUGCUGGUGGUUAUUAUGAUAAUUGUCGCGUUAAUGGUCCUGCCUAUACAGAUUGAGGAUCUAGCCUACUUGUGGAUGGAGCGGCAGAAAUCAGGAGGAGAUUACAGCAGGCAGAGAGCAGAAACCGAGAGACACGUGGUGCUGUGCGUCAGUUCAAUCAAAAUCGACCUGCUGAUGGAUUUCCUAAAUGAAUUUUAUGCCCACCCCAGACUUCAGGAGUAUUAUGUCAUCAUCCUUUGCCCAACAGAGCUGGAUGCGUCAGUGAGACGGGUACUGCGGAUCCCAAUGUGGUCACAUAGAGUCAUAUAUCUGCAGGGCUCUGCUCUCAAAGACCAAGAUUUGGUCAGAGCAAAGCUGGAUAAUGCUGAGGCUUGUUUCAUUCUGACCUGUCGCAGUAAGGCUGAUCGCAAUGCAGCAGAUUACCAGACCAUCCUGAGGGCUUGGGCAGUAAAGGACUUUGCUCCAAGCUGUACUCUUUUUGUUCAGAUUCUCAAACCAGAAAACAAAUUUCAUGUGAAAUUUGCAGAUCACAUUGUUUGUGAGGAAGAGUUUAAAUAUGCCAUGCUGGCCCUGAACUGCAUCUGUCCUGCCACGUCCACCUUCAUCACCCUGCUGGUGCACACCUCACAAGGCCUAGAAGGUCAACACUCUCCUCAGGACUGGCACAGAGUUUAUGGAAAAUGCUCAGGAAAUGAAGUGUACAGCAUUGUUCUGAAAGAAAGCGUCUUCUUUUCGGAGUAUGAGGGAAAGAGCUUCCCUUAUGCCUCCUUAAAUGCAUAUAAUACGUAUGGCAUCUGUCUUAUUGGAGUGUGCCCUGAGGACACUACGAGUAUCCUGCUGAACCCUGGUCCGCAGCACACCAUGAAACCCUUGGACGUGUGCUUCUAUAUCAGUCUCACCAAAGAGGAGGAAUCCUGCUUCAAGACCCAGGCAUCGUGUGAAAACAGCCCCAAGACUCAACCCCCAACAAGCAGUGCCAUUACUAGCAUGGGUACCAUGGCUAUAGAUGUGCAGGAAAUAAGCAUUCCAUCCAGUUUAGGUCCAUCUCUUUCAACUGAAACAAAUAUAUCUGAGACCAGAAGAACAAACAUGGCUCCUGUUUUAGAAGUGCCUGAUUCACCUUCCUUUCAGACUGGCAAUAAUCUACUCAGCGAUCAGUCAAAGAGUCCAUGUCAGCCCUUCAGUGGAGAUGAAUGUAGCGAUGGUUACAUUAAGGGAUAUCCCCCAAAUUUACCCUACAUCGGAAGCUCGCUGAUACUUUGCCAUUUACGGAAAGAGAAAACGCCCAAAUGUUGUAUGCGGCUGGAAAAGUUUUUGUCUAAGACCUGCAACCACAAAGACAAUGAUGAUGUCAGAGCGUACGGUUUGAAGGAUAAGCUCAUCAUUGUGGCGGCUGAGACAGCAGGAGAUAGUCUGUACAACUUCAUCCUCCCGUUACGAGCCUCAUACAGACCACAGACUGAACUGUGGCCCAUCGUGCUGCUCUUGGAAAAAGAGCCAGAUGAAGAUCUUCUUGAGACUGUCUGUUGGUUCCCAAUGAUCUAUUACUUGCUUGGGUCAAUCGACAGCCUGGAUGACCUGUUGCGUUGUGGUGUCUCAUUUGCUGCCAAUAUGGUGGUUGUUGACAGGGAGAGCACCAUGAGCGCUAAGGAAGACUAUAUGGCUGAUGCAAAAACCAUUGUUAAUGUCCAGACCCUGUUCAGGCUGUUCUCUGGUCUCAACAUCAUCACAGAGUUAACUCAUCCCGCUAACAUGAGAUUCAUGCAGUUCUGCGCAAAGGACUGUCACUCACUGGAAUUCUCCAAACUGGAGAAGAAAGAAAAAGAGAAAGGCUCAAACUUAUCCUUCAUAUUUCGCCUGCCUUUUGCAGCUGGUAAGGUGUUCAGCAUUAGCAUGCUGGACACACUCCUCUACCAGAGUUUUGUUAAGGAUUAUAUAAUAACCAUCACCAGACUACUGCUGGGACUGGAAACUACACCAAAAUCUGGUUUCCUGUGCGCUUUGAGUAUCAAAGAGGAGGACUUGUGCAUCCAGACGUACGGCACACUGUACCAAGUGCUGUCCUCCACUGUAGGAGACAUUCCCAUCGGCAUCUACAGGACAGAGUCUCAGAAAGUUCAACCUCCCGAGUCUCCUCAAUCCCAAACGUCAGACAAAAUGUCAGUCUUUGAAGAGGAGGAGCAACCUCAGGAUCUUCAGCGUGAAUUCCCAGACAGCAAUGCACACACUCAAUCUCUGCGCCGAAAGAGCCUGCAGUGGGCUUCGAAUCUUCUGGGGCCGUGGCACGCGGAGCGUGAUGCAGACAGAUCGAGCCAGCAGCGGGACGUCCUGCCCUCAUGCUCGGAGAGACAGGAGCUUACUGAGCUGGUCAAGCAGCGCAUGAAAAACCUGGGGCUCUCCACGAGGGGAUUCGGUGAGACACCAGACACCAACUUUGAUGAGCUGAAUAUUAACCAGAGUAGCAACUCUUAUGCCUUAAUCAACCCGUCACCAGAUACACAGCUGGAGCUAAAUGACAUUGUGUACAUAAUCCGUAAAGAUCCCAUCUCACUAGAGCUCAACGGUGCUGCCAACCGUAAAAACAGCAUGAGGAGCGGUGGAGGAGGAGACUACAAAUCAUACUGGUGUCAGCAGAAGGUGAAGCAGAUGGAAAUGCAAAGUGCUUUCAGGGGGGCUGAGAGGAACGGGGGUCUAGUAGUCCAUCUUGACAGGCCUCUGGAGGGAGGGAAGAUGAGCUGA